GAGAGAGAGAGAGAGAGAGAGAGAGAGAGAGAGAGAGUACCCACAGAAUGAGGAAGAGCGUUGCAUUGAGGAGGAGAAAGAUUCACAUCUUAAAAACCCUAGCCAACUCAAAAUCUGUAAGGAAGAGUUCAUUGAUUUCGGAUUACUUAGCCAACAUAUGCAAGCUCAAGCUCAAGUUGGAAGCUAUACGAAGAGAGUACUCAAGCCUUAUAGCUGUGAAGAAACGAUGCCUACUCCUUCUUAAGAAUAUGAGGGAACCCGAGGUGAAGGUACAAAAGGUUGGAGACAAAUUCGAACUGAAAGUCAAUUGCGAGAGAAGAGAAGAUGGGCUUGUUUCAAUCUUGGAAGCCCUAGACGAAAUGGGUCUUGAUGUUUUGCAAGCUAGGGUUUCGUGCGACCGUGUCUUCUCCAUGGAAGCUUUUGUGGUUGCUCAAGAUCAAGCCUUGGAGGCCAGUGACGUCGCUCAAGCGAUUCUUAGAGCCAUGGAGAAGCAAGUUGGAGAAGAUCUCGUGACCUAAGUCUAGUCCAUUUUUCUUCCGGGGAAUAAGUAGUACUGUGGAAACAAAAUAUUUACAAGCAUUGGCAAGCCAAAAAAAAGUCCACGUGGCCCUGUAUCAUUUGUUGUGACACGAGUCAUGUCCUUCCGUGACGAGAAUUAACAAAAGAUAUGUGGCCACAUAUCAAUAGUUGUAAUCAUUUUGUAUCUCUUGUAUCUCUGGUAUUUGCCGGUAGGUAAUUGGCUCAGUUCUUUCUA